AUGGCGUUCCCUCAGUACCAGAAUGUUCCCAACGAGCUGAAGCUCGCCAUUUGGGAGGAGGCAACCAUGUCGCCCGGAAUGCAUCAUUUUAAGAUGUGCCUCACCCGUGUUUACGAUAUGCUCGCCCCUCCUCUAUACAUGUAUCAAACCGUCAAGAUCGAGCCGGCGAAGAAUACUCUUCACGACAGUUCGGCAUGGAGAGGACGCUUGAACAUGAGCAUGAGCGAUCUUUGGGCGUGCCUUUCCUUCCUGAAACUCAAAUACGGACGUUCUACCCUUCGCGUAUGCCCAGCCGGCAAGUCGAAAGAUUUGGCCGAUAAACAUGCAACGAUCGACCGUGACAACGAUCUUGUAUGCCUUGAGCUCACCGGCGAUGGGACAGUCCUACCGCCUUACAUCUGGCCCACCGGGGACCAGAAUGACGUGUUGAAGAAAUUACGACGCAUAGCAAUUCCCUACUCCACAAACGCCAACCACCAAUUUCACUGCGAGUGUGUCAUGUUUCUGCACCGGAACUACACCCACUGUGGCAUGACUUUAAGCUACCUAAUUGGUUACUUCGGCCACCUAGAGCAGUUCUUCUUCGUUGUCAAACUAGACAAGGACAACACCUACACUACUGGAUCGGCACCGCGAUUCAGCAAGAAGAAUUGUGACGCCGAUACUGCAGCUGAGUGGCACCAAAAGCGAACCACCCGCGCUCUCAACCGUUUCAGGGACAUUGCGGUCCGUGAAGAACUCGCUCGCUUCGAGGACAUGCGCCACACCUACUACGAGGUGCGAGAGAGUGACACCCAAGACCUUGCAUUUUUCCGCCAGAUCUAG